AUGGCUACCUCAUCCCCUUCUUCAUCUCCACUUCCUCCCUCCACUGAUUCAGAUGAUCGUGAUUCAUAUCAACAAAUUUCGAUGUGGCUUAACGAAUUUGUUCAUUUAACACCAUCUACGGAUAUUGAAUAUGUCAUUCGUUCUUCAUCGACAACAUUAUCAUCUGUUUUAACCAUUAGUGGUGGUACAGAUGGCUCGUAUACUCGUUCUUAUCCCUACGAUCGUUCAAAUCGUAUUAGUGUUCCAUCGGCAACCAUUAGUCAGAUACCAUCGACAAUAAUUGAUAAUAAUGAAAAUGUAAAUGCAUCAGUUUAUCGAAGUGGCUAUCUUCAGUUAUUAAAUAUGCUAUGGUUAUCAGUUGAUCAAAAAUUAUAUUUAUGGAAGUAUCCCACAAUGAUCGAUUUAAUUGAAUUAAAAUUUGAUUCAAUCAUAUUCAGUUGUGAUUGUGUAAAACGUCAAAAACAGACGACUCUUAAUGAUACAUCUCUAUUAUCCACAUCAUCUUCAUACGCAUCAUCAUUUUUUACAUCCUGGUUUUCAUCGUCAAACUCAAACAUUCCUCCAACAUUAACAACAAAUGAUCUUAUAGAACAUCACACAUAUUUAUUGAUCGUAUUGACUGGACAAGAUAUUGUUUUAUACACAAUAGAUCAACAACAGCAACAGCAGCCACAGUGGUUCACCACACCUACAAUUAAAUAUUCUUUACAGCAAAUUGGCUAUUUUGAUUGUUUAGCUAGUACUUUCAGUGGACGAUUCUUUCUUGGUGGUCAAUACGGUGAUAUUCACGAAUUUAUUUAUAAUGAUACGUUAACGAACAAUAAAUGUUCUAUUACAAAGUUAGGACAGACAUUUUUAUCAAAUUUAUUACCAACAUUUUUACAAAGCGGACUAAAAUCAUCGGCACAAUCCUCAUCAGUUAAACAAAUAACGAUUGAUUAUGGACGAUUACUUUUAUAUGCACGUUUAGCAAAUGAUACAUUACAUAUCUAUGAUAUAUCGAAUGAAAAAGGACAAAGAUUAUUUGCAUAUACGUUUGAUGAUCUAAUCAUGAAAUUAAAACAACGUCAGACAAUAUCCAUUGACGAUUAUAAACCAUUUUUAACAAUGUAUACUGUUCAAUUAUAUGAAUCAAAUUUAUUUAAUUUAAUUCUUGUUACACAUACAGGUAUUCGAUUAUAUUACACAUUCAUCACAGCAAAUAAUCAACCAAUACCAACAACGGCAGCUUCAACUACAGGCACGUCCGCUUCUGCGACUCAGCAACAACAACAACAACAACAGCCAGCUCGUCUUGAAUUAAUUCAUGUUCGUUAUGCUCCAACAAUACCCAAUUUACAAACUCAAUUGCACCAACCUUUAUUUCGUACAGCUUAUGUUGAUUUAAAGUGUUUGUUUUUAUUUACAACAGAUAUGUAUCGACCACAAACUUAUGGUCGUAUGAUAUUGUUAAUUAAUUCUGAUACUACUUUGCUAACAUCCUCAACAUUAUUAUCUAGAAAUUUUGGUGACAAUACAAUGAAUCAGCAACAGACUCAAGCGUCAAAUGAGAAUCAAUCGCAAUUAUUCAAUGAAUUAUUUCUUAUUCAAGAUCAAAUAUCCUUGUUUAUCUUGAAUAUUCUUGAACUAAACAAUAAUCCGUAUUCAUCUACAUCUUAUUUAUCAUUACCAAGAAUUGGACCAUUGGCUAUUAAUCAGCGCUAUAUGAUUCAAACGUACGAUUCUAUAAUAACAUUUGAAAUACCAAAAACAAUCGAACAUCUAAGAUUAUUAUUAUUUUAUGACGGACAAAUACAUUCGGAUAUAAUUAAACAAUUUUUUCAACAUUAUUCAUUACGCUAUUCAUGUUCAAUGAGCGUCGCAUUAACAUUGACAUAUUCAAAUACAAAUCAGUCAGAAAAUUUUCUCUAUAAUGGAUCUACAAAUAAUAGUCUUUAUUUGAGAAUAAAUGAUGAUCGAAUUCGAGAAUUAGCAUUUCAAACAUUUCUAUGGUAUUCAAGUUCAACAUAUAUGCAAUACUUAGAAACAUUAUUGCUAACAAGUUCUCAACAGCAACAAACGCCAUUUAAUUUAGACAAUAGUCGAUAUCCAAAUCAGCAGCAAUCGUGUAAUGCUCGUUCAACAAUGAUGCCUCCAACAUAUCUGCGUCAACAUGGCUAUUUUGAACGUUAUAUUAUUCCAUUACGUAUCAAUUCCAUAUUAUUUGUCUUGAGUGAUAUAUUGAGGCCUAUAUGGUUGCAACCAUUAAUUGAAUUAAAAACAUUAACAUCGACUAAGUCAGAUAAAAAAUUUUAUUAUCUAUUUCAUAAAGUUGACCAUUAUAAUGACAUAAAACAAUUAUUAAAACAAUUACAGUAUUUUCUAAAAAAAUUAGCUCCACAUAUGUGUUGUACAUGGUCUGCAAAUGAUAUUCCACAAUAUAAUGAACAAUUAGCACAACGUGCUCAUUAUCAGCAACAACAACAACAACAACAACAGCAAUAUCAAAAUCAACCACUGUUUCACACAUCACCACCAAACAUUAUGGACCAAACAAAUUUUCAGCGUGCCUCUAUAAUGACACCACGGAAUUCAAACGUGUUCAACACCUCGUUAUUUGGCUCUCAAGGUGCUUCAACGCGUUCACCACAAUUCGGAAUGUCACAAACAUCAUCGAUAGCUCAUAACAAUUCAUCGAUGCAAAAUCUAACAACACCCUCAUUAUUUCCAUCAUCAAUACAAACGUCAGCACCGACAGCAGCGGUCACGACAAAUCAGCUACUCUUAUCCACAACUUCUUUAUCUUCAAUGAAUGAUCUGCUACAUGAAAUUGACUAUUAUACAACAAUAUGUAAUUUAGUUGAGCGUUUAUUAGAACUUCUCUCAUUAUGGCAAAUAAUAAAUGAAAAUCGAACAGAUAUGAUCAUUGAUCGUCUACCCGAGCAAUAUUUACAAUUGAUAAGUAAUAAUCCAUCAUCAUUUACCAUUCACACAUUAUUAGAAUUGGAUAUUAUAUUUUUUGAUAAUUUAAUUGCCGCAUUGUUGAUAUCAUUUGAACAGAACGAAGCCGGUUUCGAUCAAUUAGUAGGACGUUUACUCGAUGAAUGUCCAAAAUUAUUUCCCGUUGAAAAAUUGAUAUUAUACAAAGUAGAUAUAUUUCUUAAACCUAGUACAACAGCUGACUCUACUAGUGGAGGAGGACUUAUUGAUAAACAACAACGGUUAAAGCAAGCGUGUCAUUUAUAUAAACAAAUAUGUGAUCGUAUUAAUAUAACGCCGUUCUGUAUGACAUUGUACACAUUUCAUAUGUACGAUGAUUUAAUUGAUUUAUGUAUAACAUCGGGUAAAAAACGUGAUCCAUGCAAUCAAGCACUAACAUAUUACUAUAAUCAGUUGAAUGAGAAUGAUCAACAACAACAAUUAAUUGAUUUAUAUCAUCGUCGAACAGAAUGUUAUCUUGCCAUAUUGAAUAUUCUUGAAUUACUCUAUGAACGAGAUUAUUUAAAUACAAAAAAUGAUAUGACAAAUAUUAAUUAUAAUCAACAGUCUCAACCACAAACAAUAAAUCAAGCACCAUCGUUUAAUGAAUUUUUACAAUUAUGUUUAUCAUUUGAUGAUGAAUUUCUUCAUGUUAAAAUAUUUGAUUGGCUAAUGUCAAAACAGCUAAAUGACAAGAUCAAACUUCAUCGAACAACACCUUAUAUUGAACGAUUUAUACGAUAUCGUUUGAAAUUAACAAAUUAUAGUGAUUAUUUAACAUUGGACGUAGCCAUUAUUAUCUUACAAACUGUUAAAGAUCAUACAACAUUAUGUCAGGUUUUAAUCCAUUUGGUUGAUUUAAAUGAUUCCCAUGUCACAUUAUCCGAUCGACUCUAUUAUUUAGCCGAAUCAUUGCAAAUAGCUCGUUCAGCUCAAGCCACAAUCACGCCAUCUACAUCCAAUGUUCUUCCAUCUCUAUUAAUACCUCAAAAGCGUAGUCAUCAACAAGAAAAUCAUCAGACAUUAAAUGAACUCAUACCCAAUAUUGAACAACGUUUACAAACAGCUUUUAUACAAAAACAAAUUUAUUCAGAUUUACAAACAUAUUUAAAUAUAUUAGAAAAUAAUCAUGGUAAUGCUACAAAUGAUCAACAACAACAAGUACCAAUUGUAACUGAUGCAUUACAAAAAUUAGAUAUGAAAUUAUAUGAUGCCACUGAAUUAUUUGUUGAUUAUGCACAAAAAUUUGAAUUAUACGAAUGUCAAUUAUUACUCUUACAAUUGGAUGGAAAUGAAGAACAAACAAUAUUGUAUACAAUAUGGAAACGUUUAUUACGAAAAGAGUUGAAUGAUGUUCUUGUACUAAUAAAUCAUUCAUAUUAUGAUAAAAUGUUACUAUUUCAACAACAUUUAAUUGAACGAUUGAAAACAUGUAGAAAAAAACGUUUACGUGUACCCAUUGAUUUUCUUAUUAAUGAAUUAGAACAAAUAUUAUAUCAACAGAAUAACGAUGAUGAUGGAGAUCAAACAUCAAUUCCAUAUGAUUGGAUUGUUAAUCUUUUAUUACAGUCAGGUUUUACUCAAUCAGAAUUAUUAACAUCAUAUGAUCAAUCUUAUAGACAAACAUCAACAUCGACACAAAAAAGACAAUUAUUACGUGGAAUUUGUGCACUAUUAUUAACGUUUGAUAAAAAUCCAGCUAAUUUAGAUCAUACUAAACAGUAUAGUUAUAACAGGCCAUCAUCAAUGUUAUUGAAUAAUACAACAUUUGCAUCUUCGCCAGCUAAUAUGAAUGGCUAUAAUACAUCAGUAACGUCAUCAUCACCUUAUCAGUCUGGAAAUAUGGCUGUUGCUUCAUUAUUUUUUGACAAAUAUAUGAAAGAAAUUAUGAACUUGAACGAUCCUGAAUUAAUUAAUUAUUAUGAUCAAUUGAAACGCGUUAAAACUAAUUGUGAUCGGGCAAUGGACAAAGAACAAACAGCAUUUGGUCUUAUUUGA